AACUCCCAUCGAGCAAGAGGCAGCUGUCUAGGGCGGUAUUUCCUGUUAGCUAGAAGAAGAUAGCGGACGAACGAUUGGAUUUUUUAUGUUGUUUAAAAUCGCACAUUUAUCAAAAUAUAGCGUUUAACGAACCUGGGGCACCCUAUAAGAUAGAAAACAUGAUCCGUUUCAUUUUGAUUCAAAAUCGAGCUGGCAAAACUAGGCUGGCCAAGUGGUACAUGCAGUUUGAUGAUGAUGAAAAACAGAAAUUAAUCGAGGAGGUCCAUGCUGUGGUGACUGUGAGGGACGCCAAGCACACCAACUUUGUGGAGUUCAGAAACUUCAAGAUUAUUUACCGACGCUAUGCUGGGCUCUAUUUUUGCAUUUGUGUGGAUGUGACUGAUAACAACUUGGCAUACCUAGAAGGAAUCCACAACUUUGUCGAGGUGCUAAAUGAAUACUUUCACAAUGUGUGUGAAUUGGAUCUUGUCUUCAACUUUUACAAGGUGUACACAGUGGUGGAUGAGAUGUUUCUAGCCGGAGAAAUCAGGGAGACGAGCCAGACAAAAGUGCUCAAGCAGCUCCUCAUGCUGCAGUCGCUUGAGUAGAGUUUAGUCCUCCUUCAGUUCGUGCCCAAUCAUCUGACCAACUCCUCCACUGGAAAUGACUCUUUGUGACCCAAGCUGUCUGUAUGCAUUUACUUGUGAGAUUUUUGUCAUUGCCUUCUCUAAGUGGCAGUGUUUUGACAGUGCUGCUAGCUGAAGCUAACUGCUAUGACAGCUGAUCAUUUCAACAUUAAUGUAAUUAAUAUUUUGUUUAACUACAAUUGCUUUUUUAUUUUUGCGUAGAUAUUCUGACCCACUUGAUGUAUAGUACCGUAAUUCACUACAUUUUCAAUCAGCCACCAUAAUUUUUUCAAAGACACGGGCUUACAUUGGUUCCUAUGCAUUUUUAAAGCCUGGCUAAACACCUCUCCUUUAGUGAAUAUAGUGCAUUUGUGAUUCUGAUUUCUCAGUUGUUGCUCCAGACAUAUUGUGAUACUGUUAAUAACAAUAGAAGGCCAGGGUGCUUAAAAGAUGGAGGGUGUAUUGGUGAAAAUAUAAAGAAAUAUUUUACUCAAUGCAGUGCUGUGAAAUUUACUUUGAAUAGUGUGUACAUAGGUGUAUCUUACAUGUGCUAGUUAAUAGCGAUUUCAUUCAUUCCAGAUUUAUUAUCCUGUAUGUCUCAGAUCAAAUACAGGAGGCCCCACCUGCUUGACUUUUAAAACCUUUUUUUUUUUCCAACCUUUCAGGUGUCAAGGUUGUUCAGCGUUACACAAUGUUUAAUUUUUGUAUUUUUGAGUUUAAUUAUCAUAGUAGUAUGUAAUCUUUCUGCCAACUUGUGCAAGUUUGUAAAAGGAAGAAUUGUGUGUCUCCAUCACUCAAUUCCAGUUAUAUGUAAAUAACCAAGAAAAAUAAAAAAAAUAAAAUGAAAUUAUAACCAA